AUGGUGAUCCUUGCUACCAACAUGGUACGACACACCACUCGAGGCACUCUUUCCGGCUGGGAAGCUUUCCCCACGUGGGUUUUUCUCCUAGCCGGUUUUAAUGAGGCCUCAAUAUCACGACAUCCGAAGGCAAUCUUUAGGAAGCAAGGGAGGAGGGAGGAGGGAGGAGGGAGGAGGGAGGCAUGGCAGUCGGUCGAACGCGAAGAAGAAAAGGGAGUGGCAACCCGUGCCAUUUGA